GAAAGCACCCGUCAGGACCCGGAAGCCGUCCGAAGUGACUGCGGCCAUGGAAGGCGUGGGGCAGCAGUGGGUGCUGGUGGAGAUGGUCCAGGCCUUUUACGAGGCUCCAACUUACCACCUUAUUUUGGAAGGUAUUCUAAUCCUUUGGAUAAUCAGACUACUUUUUUCCAAAACAUACAAGCUUCAGGAACGAUCUGAUCUUACACCAAAGGAAAAAGAAGAAUUGAUUGAAGAAUGGCAGCCAGAACCUCUUGUUCCUCCUGUAUCAAAAGACCAUCCAGCUCUCAACUAUAAUGUUGUUUCAGGGCCCCCAAGUCAUAACAUUAUUGUGAAUGGCAAAGAAUGCAUAAACUUUGCAUCGUUUAAUUUCCUUGGACUUCUGGAUAAUGAAAGGAUUAAGAAUGCAGCCCGAGCUUCUGUGACAAAAUAUGGUGUUGGAACCUGUGGGCCUAGAGGAUUUUAUGGGACUUUUGAUGUACAUUUAGAAUUGGAGGAGCGAAUUGCCAAAUUUAUGAAGACUGAAGAAGCUAUCAUAUAUUCAUAUGGAUUUGCUACCAUUGCCAGUGCUAUCCCUGCCUAUUCAAAACGAGGAGACAUUAUAUUUGUUGAUGAAGCAGCUUGUUUUGCUAUUCAGAAAGGAUUACAGGCAUCCAGAAGUAACAUUAAGCUUUUUAAGCAUAAUGAUAUGGCUGACCUUGAACGUCUACUGAAAGAGCAAGAGAUUGAAGAUCAAAAGAAUCCUCGAAAAGCCCGUGUAACCCGAAGGUUUAUUGUGGUUGAGGGUUUGUAUAUUAAUACUGGAAACAUUUGCCAUCUACCAGAGUUGGUAAAAUUAAAAUACAAAUACAAAGUGCGGAUCUUUUUGGAAGAAAGUCUUUCCUUUGGAGUACUGGGAGAACAUGGACGAGGUGUCACAGAACAUUUUGGAAUAAACAUAGAUGAUAUUGAUCUUAUAAGUGCAAACAUGGAAAACUCACUUGCCUCGGUUGGAGGAUUUUGCUGUGGAAGAUCCUUUGUUAUUGAUCACCAGAGAUUGUCAGGGCAAGGUUACUGCUUUUCAGCCUCUUUGCCUCCCCUCCUAGCUGCUGCUGCUAUUGAAGCCCUAAAUAUAAUGGAAGAAAAUCCAGGCAUCUUCCAUAUUUUACAACAAAAAUGCAAGAAAAUGCAUAAGGCUUUACAAGGGAUUCCUGGUCUACGAGUGGCAGGUCAGUCACUUUCUCCAGCAUUACACCUCCAGUUAGAAGAGAGCACUGGAACUCGAGACAGUGACAUGAGGCUGCUGAAGGAAAUGGUGGAUUAUUGUAUGAAUAGAGGUAUUGCAUUAACUCAGGCCCGCUAUCUGGAGAAAGAAGAAAAAUGUCUUUCACCACCUAGCAUUCGUGUUGUUGUGACAGUAGAACAAACGGAUCUAGAAUUGGACAAAGCUGCCUCACUUAUCAGAGAAGCUGCAGAAGCUGUACUGAAUUAAGAUCUGUGCUCUUGGAUAUUUGUUCUUCACACAUAGUUGGGAUACCUAUUUUCUACUCCGACGGGUUGGCUUUCACUCCAGAGGGUCAAGUUUAUUGAUUUAUCAGCUGAUGGAACUGAAAGCUUGACUUUUACUGAGUUAUUCCUGAACAAAUAAAAUGUCUUGAAUAUGGAAGUACUGAACACUCACUGUAUGUACAUAACUCACUUCUGUUUUUCAGUACUGUUUAGAUUGUGGGUUAUUGUUACAGUAGUUUUUUACAUUGAUUUAAAUUUUGUUCUUGAAGGGUACAGUUUCCAGUUCCUUUCCUAGUUCUAUGAAUAUGUAAAAAGAAAAACAAGCUAUUUUGAGAGUUCAUGUUUAAUGCUUCUGAGCAUGGAAAGAAUGCAGAAACAGACAUUUGCAGAAUAAUCUUUAUUCAACUAUUCUUAAUAAAGUGCAUUGUUUAAAAAUAAUCUUUUCCCAAAAAUGUUCCUAUUCUCUUGGUCAGAUUGGGUAGUUAAAUGGAAUCAAUCUUUUAAGCUAUGAGCUUAAAUAGCUUUUAUUAUAUGACAUAUUACUAAUUUUUUCUAACUUAUCUAAUAUUGUUAUGGCUUUUUCAGAAGAAGCAGGUUUCUAAUUUGUCAAAUCUCCAUAGUGUCUCCUCUCAUAACAAAGGCAUUAAUGUUGUAUUGCUAGACAUAUGGAUAGAUUUUUCUAUAUCCAUGUAUUUAUCUUGUACUCUGGUGCCCUAACCCAUGGGUGCAAUGUAGACCUGAAACUUCUGACAUACUCAUUUCAGUGUAGUCGGCAACACUGUGCACACACAAAGAUAUAUGCGCAGAGCUGCUCCAUCCUAUGAACUGGAUGCAAGAGUCUGCAUACAUAACCUCUGUGGGCCUGACACACUUAGAUCUGGCUCAGGUAAUCUUCAACCUGGAGAAUAAAUACCGAGCCUUUACCGUAAUCUAAUAGGGCCAUAAAUUGUUGGCAAAAUAAAUUUUGUCUUGUUCUCGAUAUUGUAUACUGUAAAAUGCUCCAAAAAUAUUAAAUUUGAACAUUUAAGUGUUUGCAUAUGACCUCUACUGAGGUCUGUGAUCAAACAUUUUCUGCCAAGAACAGAUAUAGAAAUAGUAGUUCUUAUUAAAGAAAUUAUGAUACACCCAAAUUCUUUGCUGUUGUUCAAGGAAUAUGAAUCCUCACAAUAAGUAUUCUGAACUUCUGACAGACUAAUUCUAAGACUCUGUAUUAUCUGGGUUGUUUCUACACUUCUGUGCCUUUUUGGUUGCUGCUACGUGGAUUCUAGUACUAUAUUUGAGACAUAUUUUUUUAAAUAAAAGCAUUUAUUUGA